UGGCAGGGGAAAGAUGGGGUGGAAGGAACACACCUCCAUUCGAGAGCCUCUCUAAUGGCUUCCUGUCUUACUGGCUGGGGGUGACUCAGGGGUGACUUGGGUACCCUACACACCCCCAGGUUCUCUGGCAGUGGCAAGGGGACAGGUGUGUUACAUACCCUGGUCACAAGCAUCAGUGACAGAGGGGAAGGUCAUAGUAGACCUGUGGGGGGGGGGGGCUUCGUUCCCCCAAUAUGGCCAAGGAUAGAGGGGCACUGGGGGCCUGAGGGGUCUAGGAGUGCGACACCUGGAGCUGCCUGGCCUGGCUCCUGCCUCUGCCCUGGCCCCAGCUGAGCCCUCCAGUCUGGCCCCGAGCCAGCAAGCAGGCUCAGCAGGUCCCAGGGGCGUGGUGGCGGCCAGCGGUGGAACCAGCGCACACCAGCCAAGCAGGAGCACAGUCCAUUAGGGACAGCCGAGCGCACGGCACCCAGAGUCCGAGAGGCAGCGCAGCCAUGAGCUCUGUGCUGUACUAUGCCCUGCCCACCCUGGGUGGCUACGUCAUGCUCUCCAUCUUCUUUCUGCGCCGGCCUCGCCUGCUGCACACACCCGGGGUUCCGGCCUUCCGUCCCCGCCUGGGGGCCCACCGAGGAGGUUCUGGAGAGCGGCUGGAGAACACCAUGGAGGCCAUGGAGAACUCCAUGGCCCAGCGAGCCGACCUCCUGGAGCUUGACUGCCAGCUGACACGGGACGGCGUGGUGGUGGUGUCCCACGACAAGAACCUGUCCCGCCAGUCAGGUGUGAAUGAGGAUGUGAGCAACCUGGACUUCAAGGACCUGCCCCUCUACAAGGCAGAGCUGGAGGUUUACUUCUCACCAGGCCACUUUGCUCACGGGUCAGACCGGCACAUGGUGCGUCUGGAGGACUUGUUCCAGAGGUUCCCACGGACACCCAUGAGCGUGGAGGUCAAAGAGGAGAAGGAAGAGCUCAUUCACAAGAUAGCGUGCCUGGUGAGGCACUAUGACCGCAACGAAAUCACCAUCUGGGCUUCGGAGAAGAGCUCAGUCAUGAAGAAGUGCAAGGCUGCCAACCCUGAGAUGCCCUCCUCCUUCACGCUCAGCAGAGGAUUGUGGGUGCUGCUGCUCUAUUACCUGGGGCUGCUGCCCUUCAUCCCGAUCCCUGAGAAGUUCCUCCUCAGCUUCCUGCCCACCAUCAUCAACAGGACCUACUUCCCAUUUACCUGCCCUGGGCUGAACCAGCUGGCAGCUGUGCUUGCAAAAUGGUUCAUCAUGAGGAAGAGUCUGAUCCGACACCUGAAGGAGCGAGGGGUGCAGGUGAUAUUUUGGUGCCUUAAUGAAGAGUCGGAUUUUGAAGUGGCCUUUGGUCUGGGGGCCACCGGCGUCAUAACCGACUACCCCACGGCCCUGAGGCGCUAUCUGGACAACCGUGGAAGAGCCUCCCAAGCCUCCUAAGCUGGGAGCCCAGCCCUCACCCUUUCCUCUAUUUCUCUGCGCCAAUAAAUAUUUUCUUUUCA